AUGGCGACCACCGUUGAUUGCGCGAAUAUCGGGGACGGGAACAGGAUCGAAACCGAAGACUUGAGCCGAAACCGCGGCCCGCACAGGUUGUUCGUGGGCAAUCUGCCAAAGGCCAAGACGGAACGGGACAUUUGCGCUGAGUUGAAACGGAAAACGUUCGGGCUGGUCCGCGUGAUCACUUACAAGAACUUCGAGGACCCCGCCCUGCACCGGGGAUUCUGUUUUCUGGACUAUGAAUCGCGAGCCGCGGCCGUGGAAGCCAAGUACUGGUUGUCCCGGAACACGACGUUCGGGUGUCGGACCAUCGUCGACUGGGCUGACCCCGAACCCGAAUUCGACGACGAUACCAUGGCGGCGGUCCGCAUACUGUUCGUCCGGCAAUACGGCGGUACGCUCAGUGAGGAAGUGCUCACAAAAGUGUUCGGCCGAUACGGUACCGUCGAACGGGUGAAGAACUUGAAAAACUACUCGUUCGUGCACUUCGCCCGCCGGGAGGACGCCCAGGUGGCCAUGGACAACUUGGACGGCGCCACGGACUUAGACUCUGGCGUUUCCAUAGACGUGUUGUGGGCCAAACCGCCCAUGGACCGACAGCAGCGUGAACGCAUGUUGCGGAACCGGGAGUGCCGCAUGAAGCAGGCGAUUGGCGGACAACGUUCUUACACCGCUGACGUCCCGGAGACCGUUAAAUCGACCGACACCGUCUCGACCACGGCCGCCCGUCGCCCUUACGCGAAGUACGAACAUUACAGUUUUGAUUUCAGUCGCCAGGGGCUCGACUGUCAGUUUCAGAAACAAUCGGACGUUUCGCCGCAGUCACGUCCGUUGUACUGUAAAAGGAGCGGGCCGACUUCGGCCAACGGCCGUGACGUCAACGAGUCUUACAUUUCCGCGCAUCGUCUUGACCGCACCGGCGACUCGCACGUAGGCGGCGACGAAAUACGUCCGCGCGACUUCCGCUCUUCGGGACUCGAUGACCGACGCGGCGACCGCGGAGAUUACGAGGCCGCAAUUCUAAGCUCCAAUGACGUGGACUCCAACAUUUUGAAGUUUUUCCAUAAAGUCAUCUACGGUGGUACCACCACGGUUAAAUAA